CGCCGCGCGCGAGGCCAGGCUGCCGAUCGUCAUGGCGCACGAGAAUGAUGCCGUCCGCGGCGGCUGCAUCUUUGCCCACUUUUUCGAGGUGACGCCGCGCGACCUGAUCUCCGAUGGGCUGUACAACGACCUCGCCGUCGGCUGCCACGCGGAACCGCACCGGCAGGCGUCGAUCGCCCUCCUCGCACAGGCGCUCGGCGCGACCAAGCAGACGGCUCAGUCGCGCGUUCGCCGCGUCACCGCCCUCGCUCGAACGACGCAGCCCCGCGGCUCCGCCCAGAUGAGCCAGAUCGUCUGACCACCACCAUCUCGCACCACCACGUCCACGCAUGUUCACUAGCUAGCACUGCGAAGCGAAUUCUGCCCUCCCCGUCCUCCCUGCCUGUCUGCGCCUGCGGUCGCGAGUGUUUUGUCCCCUCCCCUUCACCCUCCCUGUCUGCGCCUGUGGCCUCCCUGUCUGCGCGACGUUUUUUGUCCCUCCACUUCUCCCUACCUGUCUCUCUCCCUGCCUGUCUCUCUCCCUGCAUAUCUCCGCCUGCGGCGCGAACGUUUUGUUUCUAUAGCCCCUAAUUUAGACACGACUAACUACG